GUGCUGCGUGGCGAAAAAGCCGAGUGUCCAGACAUCUUCGAAGAGAAGCCGUGCUUCCAUCUCCCAGACGCAAAGAAGUUCUACACUGUCGACCUGGAGCGCAAACUGCCGUUCGAAGCGGCUGCCAACGCAUGCACCGCGCUUGGCGGCCGCCUUGCAGAGCCUCAAUCCGAUGAGGAGCACACUAUGCUGUCGGGCUUGGCAACGAGGGAGGGCUGUUGGAUUGGUCUUCGCCUUGACACCCGCGGUCGUCCCUUUGUUUGGAGAUGGCUAGUGUCCGAGGAGGAUGUAGAGCAGCCGUUCGAAAUAAGGGAGACGGGGUCUUCUCUUUGGGCGUCCAGGGCGAGAGAUGAAGAUAACUGUGCGGCAGUGGACCGCCGGGGACGGACCAAGAAUGUGUUUGACACCGACUGUGAAAACAGCAUGCCAUUCGUAUGUGAAUUCGAUGAGUCAGACCCCCCUGAGCGUUGCACGGGGGGCGACACUUUGACUGUAGACAAGCGAUAUGACCCCAAGGUGCUUCGGAUAAGUGAUUGCGUCGACUACGAAACAGCAGUGACUGCGAGCACUGCCGUCUCAGAGACGACCAAGAGCAUCGAUCCGGCGAAGGUGCUGUGUCCUCUGGGAACACCACAGAGGACGACCAGAGAUGUCCAAUGCUGCUGCGGAUGCUCUGAGGA